ACACGCGCGUCUCUGUCCAUCAUUCUUCUUAUUGAAACUAGUCCCUUGAAAAGUAUGCCAACUGGCUAUUCAACAAAGAAAAAAAGAAAGAUCACAGUUAAGACAGCAUGUACAUCAGAUAACUUCAAGGCAGAGGUACUGCGUAACAUCCAGAGAGAGAAACUGGAGCUAAAGAAAAGUCUGCUCGGGAUAGAAAGGAAGAAGUUGGAUGUGCUUACAGAGAUCUGUGUUGAAUUGAAAAGGAAAAAAAACUGUUGCUGUUCCUAUUCUUUUCAAACUAUUGAACCCCUAGUUGAAUUUGAACCAGCAUCUUGCUCAGUUUCACCAGUUAUCAAAGAACCAAUUGGCAGUAAUCAUCAUUGGAGAUUCUAAAAUAUUGAAUUAAAGGGUCAACCUUUUUGAAAAGGAGUUAAACAUACAACUCUGUUAACAUUUAAAUACAUGUAGGUGUCUUAGAGAUACUCGUCUCAAGAAUCAUUGCACCAGCUAUUCCAAUAUUAAUAGUUUAGUGAAAAUUAAAAGAAAAUAUUUUGCAAAGCCAUAUGAUACACUUACGCUGUAUUUAAAAAUAUUCCAAAGGUGAGCAAUAUGGUUCUGGUUCAU